AUGGGAUAUUUGCUUGGUGAGUGCGUAGAAAGUUUUAUGGAGCAACUUAAAGCCAAAGUGAAGAGUGAAGUAGAUUAUUCAGACUUCCAAAUCUUAGAAGAGGAUUUAAGGAAGGAUUUGAGAAUGGCAGUUCACAAAGUGCCUACCUAUCUUCUCUUCUGUGCUGCCAUCAAAGAGAUGGAUGAUCUCAAACUAGACCUGGUCAACGAGACUAAAUUAUUGUUGUGGCGAGAUGCAAUUAACAAUGCCCUCAACCUUCGAUUCAAUGCGGAUUUCGCCAUUAAGCACCUCUUUAAAAUUGCGCGUGCAUAUUUUGAUUUCAAAGUAAUGGAAGGGAAAAGCGAUGAAGAGAUGCUCAAGCUCAAUAAUGUAGAUGGGAAUAUGGAGGUCCCCGAAGAUUGCCUACGUGAAGCUGAAUAUUUUAGCGGUAAGCCUCUUAGCAUCGGUCUGCUCCUUUAG